AGCAGACGAACGCACCGCCGAUCUAUACCCACCGAGUCUUCGACGUCGCGAGCAACGAAGCAGAGAUGGCGAGCGCGGCGGCAGCAGCGGUGCCGUUCUGGAGGGCCGCGGGGAUGACCUACAUAACCUACUCCAACAUCUGCGCCUCCCUCGUGCGGUCCUGCCUCAAGGAGCCCUACAAGUCCGAGACCUCUGGCCGGGAGAAGGUCCACUUCAACGUCACCAAGUGGGCCAACGGCAAGCCCGAGAAGCCCGCGGAGCAUUCAUAUGCACUUCUGCCUUGGCUGAUUGCUGGCCCAGUGAAUAAAGCUUCUAUGUUGCUACAAAUGCAAACUAAUGCCUACCUUGCUGGGAUGAUGGAGGUGACCGGAUCCGUUCGUCUGAACCGAGAUCCGCACCGUUGAUCAGAAGCUGCACGCAUUUGAAGAAACAGGAACGGCUCAUCGACGGUCCUGUACACCUCGAGAAACCCGGAUUCGUUCUCAAACAAACAUGAUUAUGUAUUUAUGUGGGUAAGAAUAACAUACGAUAUAUAGGGAUAUUAAGCAACAACUUGAAUUCCUUGUCUCACAUAUAAAUAGGAAAAAGCCAAGAAAUAACAAGAGCCAAUGAAGCUGAAGUCAUCAAAAUAUCCUGCACCGAUUCCUACUCCGCUCUCAAAUCAAUCAUUUUAAACUGCUCUAUAAUAUCCCCUCUCUCUCUCUCCCCCGUAACCGCCUCUCGCCCCUUGCACGGUGAGCGAGCGCGAGUGGUGGGGAUAGGGAUUGGUCGAGAGAUCUCGAGGGGGAAGGAAGGAUGCUGCUGUCCAUGGAGUCUGUCGUCGCCCGCCCUUCUUCCGCCCUCCGCCUGAAGCCCCCUCUUCCCCUCCGCCACCUCCGCGGCCUCGGCUUCGGUGCAGGCCCCCUCGUCGUUCGAGGGCGGUGGCGGUCCCUCGAUUUGAGCGUCGCCGUGGCGCGGAACGGAGCCUUGUCGACCAAUUCUGCGCCGCAAAGCAAUGGUGUGUACACAGUGGGUGAUUUUAUGACCAAAAAGGAAGAUCUGUGUGUUGUGAAGCCUAGCACUUCGGUUGAUGAAGCACUGGAGUUAUUAGUUGAGAAUAGAAUUACUGGCUUUCCUGUCAUUGAUGACAACUGGAACUUGGUUGGUGUUGUUUCGGACUAUGAUUUGUUAGCUCUGGACUCUGUUUCAGGUAGUGGACGGGUUGAAACAAGCAUGUUUCCUGAGGUUGAUAGUACAUGGAAAACAUUUAAUGAAGUCCAGAAGCUGUUAGGUAAAACUAACGGUAAAGUUAUUGGCGACGUGAUGACUUCUGCCCCUCUUGUGGUUCGUGAAACUACCAACCUCGAAGACGCUGCAAGGAUAUUACUUGCAACAAAAUAUCGCAGACUUCCAGUUGUUGACAGCGCUGGUAGAUUGGUAUUCCAUGUUGAAGGUUGGGAUCAUCACAAGGGGAAAUGUAGUCAGAGCAGCACUCAAAAUAAAGCAUGCAAAUGAAAGAAAUUCCCAAGUCUAGGAUGAAAUCACAAAGUUUGCAGUUACUUUUAACAAGAUCAUGAUGCAGCUGAUCGCUUCAUUGCACUUACUAUCUCGACAUUUUAGGGAAGGUAUGCAAUAUGGUAGUCAUUGAAUAUGCUCUUUGAUGUAUGAAUAGACUACAGCCAUAAUAAUUUGAUAAUGAAGUCUCAGCUAUUUACCACA